CCUCCCGGAGACGGCUGGAGCUGGUUGGGACUCCUUCACUCUCCUCACGUAUCUCUGCAAAGAUCCAAAGAUAGAUGAAGCCACUCAGGAGCCGGAGAACUGCAGGGACAUGACGGCGUGGGUUGAGUGCCUCCCAGCUCCAAACAUCAGCUGUCGGCUCUCGAACGGGACGGAGUUCAGGUUCAGCGGGGAGGAGGUGGGCUUCAACAAAACCAUCCCCUGCAGGAACGUGAGUGGUUAUUCCUAUAAAGUAGCAGUGGCUUUAUCUCUGUUCCUGGGCUGGCUGGGAGCAGACCGCUUCUACCUGGGAUACCCUGCUCUAGUCAGACCAACAACCUGAAACCUAUAGACUUUAAUUUACUGUGACGAUAAAACGGAGAAAAGCAGUAAAUCCUCACACAGGAGACGCUGUAACUAGGUAACUUUUUUGAAAUUAUUAUUAUUAACAAUUUUUAAACUGCAUUUACAGUAAUAUUAAACAGUAAAACUUUAGAUAUCUUUGCUUUAAAACAAUCAAUCAGAAUUAAUUGUAUGUUCAUGGAUUUAUAGCUUCAGCCCUAAUGACAUGCUCCAAGGUCCUCUGCAUUGAACGGGGACAUUGCAGAUAUAUGAUUUGCAUCUUUACUCUGAGUGAGCCAUGGAACCUGGCUGAACUCAGAGCCGUCAUCGUCCCAUUCAUUUAUACAAGCUUAUUGUUAAAUGACUCACUCGUCGUCUCUCUGUCUCUCUCUCUCUCUCUCUGUCUGCUCUGUCUCUCUCUCUCUGUCUCUCUCUCUCUCUCUCUCUCUCUCU